AUUUGUUUUGUGUAGCGACCAGCGAGCUUCCAACAUGAAAUUGUGGUUGAAUAUCUAGAUAGAAGUUCAUUGACCGUGAGUGAGUGAUAGAACAUUGAGUUGGAUGGUUAUCCUAGAUAAGCACAAUUAAGCUAGUUAUCUUCCAUUUCAGCAACUGGAUCAACUUUACUGAACCGUUAUUCUAAGGUAGCUAUGGCAUUGUUCUGUAUGACUGUUUUAUACAUUCAACAUGCACCAAGUAUUGCACUGUAGUCGCGUUAAUGUCAUCCACUGUAGAAAUCAAUGCAACUAUUUUCUGAUCACAUCAAUAAUGAUUGGUUUUUGCUAUGUUGUUGAAUAAAACGUGUGAAUACAAAGGCUCAAUGGAACCAAGUGUAUAAUAUAGUGUGUUGUUUUGCUACAGAGGGUGGACUAAGCAGCAAGUCAGAAGAUGCAGCGUCUCUUUAACCAGAGAGCCUUGUGGCAAUCAGCUGCCCUGCGCUCCAUGCUCCUGGGCCCAGUUACCUGCGAGCCGUCCACCAUCUUGGGUCCACGGAUGGCCUCCUACUUCCUCAGGAACCCUGGCCUCAGCCCCAGUCUCAGUCCACGCUGGGUGAGCACAUCAGGAGCAGUGUGGACCACAGCACCCCGUAAGCCCACCACAGAAGAGGGCCAUAGCAAUGUUGACCCAGGCCAGGAGGAUAUCAUGGGGGACCGGUCCAUUGGUCUGGUCCAGAGGUUCAGGAGAACUCUAAAGCAGUAUGGGAAGGUGAUGAUCCCCCUUCACCUCAUUACCUCCUCAAUGUGGUUCGGGACCUUUUACUAUGCUGCCAUGCAGUAAGUUUUAUUUAAUAUUUGUCUAUGCAGGGAAGUCCCAAUGUCUCUUUUGCAAGGGAGCUCUGUAUCACAAAAAUGCAGCAUGAAAUACAAAGUACAUAAUAAGGAAUUAGUUAUUAAUUACAACAGACAGUUCUUUACUACGCUGCCAUGCAGAAAGUUAGGAGUAACGUUGUACAGAUAUCAAGAUAUUAUUUAGCAACCUGACAUGAGAGGAAGGAGCAAAGACAAAACCCAUAAACGGUCAUGUGAGAUGUGAGAUGUUAUUCUGAGACUGUUUCUGUUGCUCCUCUCCAUAUGGCCAUUAGUGAUAAUGGGCUUUUCUCCAUCCCUGGUCAACCUGAGGUUACUGCCUGGCAGACACCACUGAGUCUCAUUUAGAUGUACAGUAUUCUGAUUAAACAAUCAGGGUUGUCUGGCCUGGCAGUAAGAGCUGCCAUUAAGCCUGCUUUAGUUAGGCUCAGACUAGGAUGGGCCCAGUGAUGGUAAUUAUUUUAGUUGUUGACACUUGACUGACUUGAUGUGUCAUAGAAAAUUAACCAUAUUAAAUUAACCAUUUAGGGGUGUAAAUGUGGUUCCGUUUCUGGAGUAUGUUGGAUUCCCAGAGAAGCUUGUUAAGCUGUUGGAGCAUUCCCAGAGUGGCUAUGCACUGACUGCCUAUGCCAUGUACAAGGUAAGAAUGCUCAUCUCAUUACAUGUUUGGACAGCAAUUGUUUGUGAUUGGCUUGUUGGACUGUUUGUGAUUGGCUUGUUGGACAAUGGCAAUUAUUUUGAGUGUUGGUCCAGAGCUAAAUCACCACAUUAAUCUUAACACAUCAUACUAAUCACAUUAACACUAACCACAAUGUCCAUGUUGUUUAUUGUCAGAUUGCCACCCCAGCCAGGUACACCGUGACAUUAGGGGGGACGUCCCUCUCGAUCAGGUACCUCCGUAAACAUGGUCACAUGACCACCCCACCGCCUGUUAAGGAGUACCUGCAGGACAAGAUGGAGGAGACCAGGGAACGCCUCUCUGAGAAGAUGGAAGAGACAAAGGACAGGUUGUCAGAGAAGAUGGAAGAGACCAGAGAUCGUCUGUCGGGGAGGAUUGGGGAUAACAAGGACAAGUUGGCAGAGAAACUCCAAGAGACCAAAGACAAAGUGUCUUUCAGAAAGAAGCCGGAGUAGAUAUCAUAUGUUAAUUCCUGGAUAUAAUUAAAUAAAUGUUCAUAUGGCCACUAUAGCCCUUGAAAAGGAUGGCUGGACACAUUUCCCUAAACUGAUUUAAUCAGACACCACAUACUCAUAACAUCAAAGCAUUUCUCUUCUCACCUCUGCUUGACUGCAAAUAGUAGGCUGCUGCACCUGCUCAAAUAGCAAAGGAUCCAGGAAGUAAGGAGGAAAAUAGUUAUAUGGAGUUAAAAGUUGAAAAAUGGGUGCUACAUUUUCUGGGAAAUAUUUGUAUGAAGGAGUGAUUCCAGAAGAACAUGGUAUGUGUGGUGGAGGAGUGGGCUUUGAAUUGGUUCACUGCAGAUGUAGACUAUUAGACAGUUACGGUCCCCAGGCAGUCAGUCACAACCACAACAUUCACACUGGCUCAUGUUACAAAGGUUAUUGUUGUUUUUACAAUGUUAUACUGAGAGAUUUAUCUGAAAUAUUAAAACGUAUUUGUCCUCCAUUAGCUUGCCAAUGAAAACAGAUUCACAGUGAGAUCUGCUGAAAUAUUCAAAUAUACACUACCGGUCAAAUGAUUUAGAACACCUACUCAUUCAAGGGUUUUUCUUUAUAUUUACUAUUUUCUAC